AUGGAGGCUACAUCCACGAUUAUCUCUACUACGCCUCCUUUUUAUUAUCCUACCAUCUCUACUUCCACUACGCUGCCGUCAUCCCCCGAAUCGGGUUCGGAAUCAUCGCCGCAGAGCUCGCCCCAGACAUCGCCCUACAACGACUUCCUGUUCUCCCUCCCCGUGCUCGCCAUCAAGGACGAAGCGCCGAGCCCCUCGAGCAGCACGAGUAUGAACACGAGCACGAGCACGUUGCCCAGCAUCGAACCCUUUCCUCCUCGUUCGCCCAUCUUCGCUGCACAUGAUGACCAGAUGCGAUCAAUCAUCGGUAAUGUCGGCGUAGCGGCGCCUAUGGAUGUCGUGCCGAUCUCAUCCAAGGCAGUCGUCAGCAGCCCCACGUCGGGCAGCUAUCGCCAGCAUCUCGGGGAGCCGCUGGUGCGGCCCGCGGGCAUCAUCAACCCCGCGAGCGCCGCCGCUGCCGCCGCUGAUGACGACGACUGUGCCGCGGGGAAGAAGCGACGCAGGGCCGCCACAGCCGGUGCGGUGCCGAGCGAGAUCGCGGCGGCGACGUCGGGCGUGGUGCUGCCGCGCGACACGCUGCUGAAGCUGUCGAGCUCGGAGAUGGAGGCCUACCUGCAGACCCUCAAGUCGUCGCGCGAGCUCACCCACGCUGAAGAGAAGCAGCUCAAGAAGCAGCUGCGGCUCAUCAAGAACCGCGAGUACGCCCAGGAGUCGCGCAAGAAGAAGAAAUCGGCCCACCAGGAGCUCGAGGGCGAGCUCAACAGCCUCCGCACCCAGAACAGCGAACUCAGGACACACAACUCGGCGCUGCAGUCGGAGGUGGUGCUGCUCAAUUCGAAGCUGGCGGCCGUGACGUCAGAGAACACGCGGCUGCGCUCGGCGCUGCGACAGAUGCAGCACUUCCACCACAGCCAAAAGAAGCAGAAGACGAACGCCAACAACAAACGACAGCGAGACGACGACGGUGACUACCCCGGCGCCGCGCCGUCGAGCCCUUCGUCGUGGUUCUCGCUGGGCCUCGGCAGUGCGUCCGUCCAGUCGCCCAGAGCCGUGGCCGGAGGCGUCUGCUUGCUGGGAGUGGCGAUCUUUGCGCUGAGCUUCCUGCUGCAGGGACCCGGCAUGUUCGUCGGCUCGUCGACGCACGGCGACAUGGGAUGGUCGCCGACGGCGCGCGUCAUUCUGGAGCAGGAGGAGACCAGGACUACCCACUUCCGGCGCUCCACCUGGGUCGCCUCGCCACCCACAUCGACCAUCACCGAUACAUCAACACAACAAGACGCCAAACCAGCAACGCAAGGGAAAGGAGUGGCCAAGUGUGGCUAUGACAACAUGUGCUACCUCUACGUGGACAAGGCGCACCACGUCAAGACGCUCGAAAUAAGCAGCGGCUCUUUGGCACAGCAGCAGCAGGAGCAGCAGCAGCGACAUGAUGACGACAUUCCAGCGGCAGCGGACCACCUGCGACACAACCGUACCCACCACGCCAUCCCCAUCCCUGUACACUGA